AUGGCCACCAGCAACCUCCAUCCGUCUGUGGCGUCCUCCAAGAUGCCCCCUGGAUUCCAGAGCAAAGUGGUGGCCCCUCGUAACCCCAAGUUGGUCAAAGAGGCAGAGACACCUGUAACUCUCACGCCCUCUGCCUUCCUGAAGGAGAUGUCCCUGAGCACGGAGCAGCGGCUGGCCGCCACGCGCGACAUGCGGCGGCCCCGCAUCAUCCAGCUGCUGGACAUGAGCGAGACGUCGCAUCAGAAGUUCUCAGCACUGGACCUCGAGCAGAGCUUGUUCCAGCCUUUCCCCUCGGAGGUGGUGUUCCAGAACUACGUCCCCUGCGAGGUCUACGAGGUGCCGCUGAUCCUGCGGAACAACGACAAGAUUCCUCGGCUGGUGAAGGUCGUCUUGGAGAGUUCUCCGUAUUUCAAGUUGAUCAGCCCCCAUGAUGUGUGUCAUAAGGUAGCACCUGGCAUGCCCUCAACUUUCCGCAUACUUUUCACCCCCGAGGAGAACAAGGAUUACUUCCACCAGGUCACCUGCAUCACGGAAAGGGAGAAGUUUCUUGUGCCCAUCCGAGCUAUCGGGGCCCGAGCCAUCCUGGACUUCCCCGACCAGCUCAACUUCUCGGUCUGCCCAGUGAAGUUCCUCACCCAGAAGACUCUGCUGGUUCGCAACGUCGGCAACAGAGAGGCUCGCUACCGCGUCAGCACGCAGAGCCCUUUCUCUGUCAAUCCCUCCAUCGGGACGCUUGGGAUCGGUGACACCAUGCAAGUAACGGUGGAGUUUCACCCUCUGGAGACUGGAGAUCAUUCCAGAGCCCUCAUAGUCCACUAUGACACAGGUGAAGAUAUCCAUACAAGCCUUUACGGAGCAGCCGUGGAUGUCAACAUCAGUCUGGACAAGAACUCCCUGCACCUUGAGAAAACCUACCUCACGCUGGCAAGCCACAGAGCUGUGCUCAUUCACAACCGGAGCGAAAUCAUCGCCCACUUCCAGUGGAAGGCUUUCGCUACGCGGGAAGAGGAGCAGCAGCAGAAAAUGAGGCUGUGUCACAGACUGCAGAGCCAGGAGGAGGGCCAGGCGGAUCGCUUCCUUGAGGAAUGCAGCGUGGACCCCACUCUCCGGGAGCGCCUCUCCCUUCUCUCCCGCACCUUCCAGAACCACCGGGCGAAGGUGAAGGGAGAUGCCAUGCUCUUCUCCGAUGACAUCUUCAGCAUUGAGCCCGUGGAGGGAGAUGUCUGGCCAAACUCUACAGCUGAAAUUAAUGUGAUCUUUCAACCCCGGGAAGCCAGACUCUAUCAGCAAACUGUCUACUGCGACAUCUCAGGCCGUGCGACCAGGCUCCCGCUGCGCGUUCGAGGGGAGGGCGUCGGGCCCCGGCUCCGCUUCGGCUUCGACCAGCUCGACAUCGGGAAGGUUUUCGUGAGCUCCACACACAGCUACGAGGCAGUCCUGUUCAACAAAGGAGCCAUCGAUGCCCUCUUCUGUGUGGACCCUCCGACUACGGCUCUGGGCUCCUGCUUUGCUUUCCACCCCCGUGAGGGCAUCAUUUUGCCCGAGGAGCUCCAGGUCAUCCGGAUCUCCUUCAGGUCCACCAUCCUGGGGGAGUUCACAGAAGAAUUCAGGUUCAGUGUUAACGGAUCCCCCCAUCCUGUGACCUUGACUAUCAGGGGCUGCGUCAUCGGGCCAACUUUCCACUUCAACGUGCCUGCCCUCCAUUUCGGGGAUGUCUCUUUUGGCUUUCCGUGCACCUUGUCCUGCUGCCUCAAUAACACAUCCUUGGUGCCCAUGUCUUUCACCCUUCGCAUCCCCGGAGAUGGCCCUGGAGAGCCCAGCAUUACCAGUUGUGUUCAGAUCUUGGAUGACACCAGGCCAUCCUGGAGAAGGGGAGUUCGAGGUCACGCCAAGCCAACAGAAUUUACCAUCACACCUUGCACAGGAACCAUCCGCUCCCAGGGCCUCGUGGACAUCCAGGUCUCCCUGUGCUCCAACACGGUGAAGAAAUACGAGCUGGCCCUGGUGGUGGAUGUGGACGGUGUCGGCCAGGAGGUGUUGGCGCUGCUCCUCACAGCGAGAUGUGUAGUUCCUCCACUGCAGGCGCUCAACCCUGUUCUGAGCUUCGGACGGUGCUUCCUGAAAUUUCCUUAUCAGCAAACGCUGACGCUCGUGAACGACAGCGACCUGCCCGGCUGCUACGGGGCCCUGCCGCAGGAGCACAAGGAUGCUGCUGCUGUGUGGUACUUCAGCCCCCAGCCUUGUGGGAUUAUUGCACCUCGCAGCUCUGUGGAGAUCCCAUUUACACUGGAAGCCCAAGUGAUGGGAGAGCAAGACACAAUUGUGCACGUCGCGGUGUUCGGGAGUGAAGGGUCCCCUUUGAAGAUCCAUUUAGUGAGCACUGGAGAAGGGCCGGUCAUCUACGUGCAUCCAAAUAAGCUUGAUUUUGGCAAUAUCCAAGUUCUACGAGAUGUCUCCCGCACGCUGCAGCUCUCCAAUCAGAGCGUCAUCCCUGCGUCAUUCUGGGCACAGAUGGCUGACAAAUGCUCACGCUGGAGGAUUGAACCCAGGGAGGGGGUGGUCCCACCCAGGACCGAGGUGUCCCUGAGCCUCAUCGCCAACCUGGACGAUACCGAGAAGUUCAAGGACACAGUGAACGUGGUCAUAGAGAACAACAGAACCUACGAGAUCCCAGUCCAGGCUGUCGGCACUGGAACCACGAUCGUCACUGACAAACCCUUUGCUCCAGAGCUUGAUCUGGGCCCUCACUUCAGUCAGGAGCCCUGCUAUUACCGCUUCAGGAUAGCGAACCGGGGCCGGCGCACCCACCAGCUCUACUGGACCACAGAAGGUUUCGCCCCGUUCCGCCAGCGGGAUCGUCUCCCCACUCUCCCCCAGGCCAAAGGCAGGAAUCCACCGCAGAGCCUCCGCCCCGCGUCGCCCGUCUUCAAGCUCCGGCCGCUCAGGAUGGAGCUGGCCCCGGGCAAGACGAUGGACAUGAUGCUGGAAGGCUCCUCCAGGACUCCCAAGGUGGUGAAGGAGCGGCUGCUGUGCCACGCCGUCAUCGGCAGCAAGGCGGGCAAGAAGCGGAUCAUGCAGGUGGACGUCACGUGCGAGUUCAUCGCCCCCGUCCUGCACAUCUCCUCCAGGGACAUCACCUUCCGGGUGGAGAAGGAAGCCAGUGAUGUCCUAACUCCUCAGUACGAGCCUCUUGAUUUAAAGAACAUCUCUUCCUUGCCGGUCAGCAUUAUCCUGUCCUUGGAACAGCCCUUUUCCUUGUGCGAUGAGCACCAGCAACCCAUCGGGGUGGAUGGUCGGGCCAUAAAGCUUGAAAUAGGGGAGGAACUUCAUCUUUCCGUUGGUUUUAACCCCGCUUUUCAUGUGGGCUUGGAUAGCUGGGUAGCAAACGCAGCCCUCAUAAUACGGUUCAUUGAGCACUUCCACGAGGAGCGCAUUGCCCUUCGAGGAGAGGUGUUCUUCCCAAACCUCCAUUUCCCAACCACGGCCGUGGACUUCGGCUGCCUCCUAAACGACACUGAAGAUGUCCGUUACAUCGAGAUGACCAACUGCAGCCCGCUCCUUGUCCGCUACAGCUGGUCCUUCCUCAUGGCCGGCCGUGCAAGCCAAGUGAGGUUUAGCCCUCCCAAACCUAAAUUUCUCGGGGAGCACCAACCACUGAAGGAGGAGGAAGCCUGGCCGAAGGACCUGGCUGCUGUGGAGAGUGACUGUGCUGUGAGACCGCCCGGGGAUGCACACGUCGAGGCACAAGCUGAGGGCACGGGGACAGCAGAGCAUCCUGUCCAAGAGCCCACGGGCACAAGGGACUCUCCGGACGUGAAGCUGCUCGAGUCCGACGCUAAGAGUGCCGUGAAGACGGGGAGCCUGGGGGAGACCAAGGACUUGCUACCAGCCAAGGAGAGCGAGCUGUCCUCCUUGGGAAUAGAGGAGGUGUUCGACGUGCUGCCGCUGUACGGCGCGCUGCAGCCCGGGGAGAGCCAGCGGGUGGCCGUCACCUUCUACGGCCACGCGGACAUCGUGGCCCACGUCACGGCGCGCUGCAAGGUGGAGGGCGGCCCCACGUACGAGAUCGCGCUGAGCGGGGAGGCCUCGCUCAUCCGCUACCUGUUUGACACACAGGAGAUCGACUUCGGGCUGAAGCUCUUCAACGAGGUCUCCAAAGCGACGCUCGUCCUGCGCAACCCCGGGAAGGUGGGAUUCAAGUACGUGGUGCUAAACCCCAGCGUGGCCCCUGCAGCCAGCCCCAUGCCCGGCGUGCCCCUCGUCGUGCCCAGCACGGGUUACGUUGGUUCUGGCAAGGAAGAGCUGCUGACUGUCUCCUACCUGCCUGGAGUACCUGGAGACUUCUACAGGACUUUCCAGAUCCAAGUGGGUCACCUUGAGCCAGAAAACAUCUCCCUGAAAGGAGAGGGGAGCUUUCCCAGGAUCUACAUGGACCUGCCCAGAAACAUCCAAGGAAAUGUAAAAUAUGAGAGGCUGCUCAAGGAGGCAACAGAAGCAUUGCAAGAAGGCCAUCGGAGAGAGGAAGCAGUCAUUCUGCAGGAGGCCACAUCCGAGAAGAAGGACUUGGGCUCCACGUAUGACACGUGGCUGCUGAUGGAAGUGGAGCGGCUGCUCAUAGAGGAACAUGCCCUGAAGCAUCAGGAAGCUCUUGUUUCCUGUCCCCCGGAGGACCCUGCUGUUGGCCAGCACGCUCGCCAGCGGCUUGUCAAAGCUCAGCUGCCCGAUUACAUCCUGGACUUGGGCUACGUCAUUUUUGGUAGUGUCCACACACAUUCCGUGAGGAUCACCAACACCGGCCACUUCCCUGUGUCCUUCCAUGCGGAUGGACGGGCCCUGCGUGACACAGGUUUCAGCACCGAGCUGCACCGCGUGAGCAGCCUGCCGUUCUGCGAGAGCGAGAGGUUCCUCGUGCGCUUCGACCCGCAGAGCGCCAGCUUGCCCCUGGGGCGGGUGGAAGCCCUGCUGCCCAUCAAGGUAACGGGAGGACCCACGUUUCACAUACACCUUCACGCCAUCGUGACCGUGCCAGCCCUCUGCCUCUCCCGGGACAGACUGGAGUUCUCCCCUGUCCAGUGUGGGCAGUGCCAGGAAGAAACCAUCCAGCUCCACAAUCAGCGCCAGAUCCCCUGUAAAUGGGUCAUCGAUGUGAUCGAGCAUGUUAAGAAGGUGGACAAACAUUUGCCAGCAAAUCUGCGUCGGAAGCUGCAGGAGGAGUUAAAGGCCAAGUCCUGUGUCUUUGAAGUGCUGCCCUUGUGUGGAAACCUCUCUCCGGGACAGCGGUGCAACCUGCGCGUGAGGUUUACACCCACCGAAGAGAGGACCUACAGCACCCAUGUGAGGGUUAACAUUUGCAAGAGCAACGAGCACCCUGAGCUGCAGCUCGCAGGCCGUGGGCUGGAGCCGCGGUUGGAGUUCGACCCACCCGUGCUCGCGCUGGGCCCGCUGCUGCCCUACAGCAGUGGGGUGCAGGGCAGCGUGGUGGUGAGGAACCCGUGCGACUUCCCCGUCGAGUUCUACUCACUGGACUUUGACCAACAGUACCUUGCUGAGGAGGAGAUCCUGCGGACGCUGAAGGACUAUGAUUCCAACAACACCUUACUGCUGCCGCCCCGCUCCCCGGGCGAGAAGCUGCCCCCGGAGGUACUGGAGUACUAUGAGGACCAGAAGAGGCUGCAGGAUGAGCAGGCCAAGUCCCAGCCGGCGGAACCAGCCGGUCAUGAGAACGGUGAGGACAUCCGUCCUCCCUCAGAUCAAGGAGGAAAGUGUUCUGCUGGGGUAGCUCAAACUGUCUCAUCUCACGCCUCCAUCAUUCCCUCCAACUUUUUUGAUGAAAACAAGUUCAACAAGGUGGAUUUCAAAGUGGAACGUGAAGAAGAGGAGGAGGAGGAUGCUGAAAAAAGACAAAAGCCAGAGCAGCAGCAGGAAAAACACGAUGGCAGCAGCGAGGCUGUGGGAGAACUGGACGACAGCCCCGUCACGAGGGCCAUCGCACGCUACCUCGGCAUCGAUAUCUCUCCAGAAGGCCGUGCAGCCCAAAACCGCAGGGGCAUCGUCGUCAUCAUCCACGGGGCGCCCACCACAGGAAAGACGUCGGCAGCGCUUGCCGUGUCCAAGUACUAUGGUGCUGCCUGCUUGUCCAUUGACUCGGUGGUGACAGAAGCCACCAGUGAGAAGGCCACCGCGGCAGGGCAGCAGGCCUGGGAGCUGUAUGUCAGUGCUGCUGCAGACCAGGCCAACAAGGAGGCAGAGGAUGCUGGUAAGCAAAGCCCAGGCCUUUCCAGGGCCCGCCAGGCCCGUGUCCUUGGCGGGUCCGAGGGCCAGGCCUCCCUGCAGCUCUGCCUGGGCAGCCCGGCAGGGGCAAGGACCAAGGCGGAGGGCCCCCCGCCGCAGCCCCCGAAACAGCCCCCGGCGGAUCAGGCCUCAGCCAGCCCCGUGCCCUGCCUCCCUCUGCAGCAAUGUGUGACCAUCGAUGCCACCAAAGCGGGAGACACACCUGCCAGGGCCUGUGUGCUUCCUGAGGAGCUGCUGGUGACCAUCCUUGCGGAAAGGAUGCAGCUGAGUGACUGCUACCAAGGAGUGGUGUUCGAUGGCCUGGAGACCCCCUUUGCCCGCAACAUGACUUCUGCUCUGCUCUGCCUGCUCAGGGCUGUCCAAAAUCGACCUCACAUCUAUUUUGUGAACCUGUUCCAGGAUUAUGCUACUAUGAAAGCUAGGGAGAAGGAACAAAAAGAACAGGAAGAACGGGAGCAGAAGGAAGCUGCCAUGAGGGAGAAGGCCCGUCUCCAGGAGCUGGAUGAGGAAGGAUAUGAUGGCCUCACUGAGGAGCAGAAAAAUCAGUUUGAUAAUGAGCUGCGACAAGUCCUACGCGAGAGGAAACAGAGGGAGAGGGAGAGGCUGGCUCGAGAACUGGAGGAAAAGAAGCUCCAGCAGGAGCUAGAACGCCUCAAGGAGGAAGAAGAGCUGAAGAAGAAGGGAAAGCGCGGGAAGAAAGACCUUGGCAAAGAAAAAGACUCAGGGAAGAAAAGCCAGUUUGGAACCAAGCAGGCUGUGCAUGUUUCCAGCAGUCACUCAGAUAACAAGCUGAACGAAGGGGAUGACAGGAGGGGGUCUACAAAGGAGCACCCAGACUCAGUUUCAAGUGACAAGGAAGAGAAGAAGAAGAGGAACAAGACUGGCCAGGCAGAUGCCCGCCCAGUGGUGGUUAUGUCACCUGCAGAGGCAGAACAGGACAAAACCGAGAAGGAGGCACUGAGUGAUGCUGAGAAGAGCUUGGCCCGGAGGUUCAAGCUCUAUGAGGCCUCACAGAAGGGCAUCACUCAUAUUUUGUCAUUCUGGGACCGAGUUCAGGGUGUCCUGCUUUCCCCUUUGGACCUAGAAGAUGUCCAGCCUGAGGCAGAAGAGCAGCGGCAGCCUUCAUCCAGCCGCAAGAGCCGGAAGGACAGGGAGAGGGAGCGCCUGGAGAGGGAACGCCUGGAGAAGGAGCGCCUGGAAAGGGAACGCUUGGAGAAGGAGCGCCUGGAAAAACUGAAGGCCCUUGAGGACUCCAAGCCUCCUGGGCAGGAAAAGGAAGGUGCGGAAGAGUCGGGCAAAGAACAGGAUACCAGAGUGCCCUGCUUGGAAAUCCAGGUGCUGAGCUCCGAAGAUGCCAGUGGGAAGAGGAUCUUGGAGAGCGGCAAGCUGCCCGAUGUAGACCAGAUCCUGGAUAGCCUGGGACUGGGUCCCUCGGGACCUCCCAUUCCUCCUCCUGCUUUUUACUCUGUGAUCCGCUACCCAGAGAAGCGGUCACCCCCUGCAGCGGGCGAAGACCUUGAGCACUUCAUCUUUGUUGCACCAGAAGGUGCAACUGCUGAAGAAGAAAAGAAGGAUACGGAGAGUCUCAUGGAUGUCGCUGUCACGCCGGUGCCGAAGGAGGAUCAGGUCACCCCCACCCGCGGCAGGACGAGGAAGGAGAAAGCGGAGGGCAGCCGGGAGUCUUCGAGGGACAAGCGCGGCACGGGCCGGGGCAAGAAGGGCCCACAGGCCCCGGCGGCGGGAGCGCCGCCUCGCCAGGCCGAUGCGGACCAAGGCAGCGCCAGCCGGGACUCGUCCGCGGGGAAGGUCGCCCGGCUGACCAACUUCCGCUGGAUUGUGCCAGCCCACGGGGAGGUUGUCCUGAAGAUCCAUUUCAGCUCCGUCGUGCCGGGCCAGUUUGAUCAGACGUACAGCUUUGAGAUCCUGGGGACGCGCCGCCUGUACCAGCUGUUCUGCAGGGGCACCUGCGUGUAUCCCACCAUCUGCCGGGACCCCCGGGUGGUGUUUCCUCACCGGAGGAAAAGCAAGGGGCGAGAUGACAUCGUCUUCAAGCAGUACAUCAUGGACACGGGCGUAUUCCACUUUGGGCCGCUGCUCUGCGGGAAGUCCCGGCAGUGGUACAAGGCGCACCGCUACCCCAGUAACUGUGAGAAGAUAACGAUCCUCAACGUGACCCCCUUGGAAGCAGAGGUGCAUUUCUUCCUGGAGCACGAUGCCAGCGCGGACACGUUCCUCUUCGAGCCUCCCCACCUGACCUUGAAGGCGAAUGAGAAGCAGGAGCUGACCCUUUGGGCCUACCCCACCUCCUCGGGCAUGGUGGAGGACAACCUUGUCUGCUGCAUCAAGGACAACCCUGAGCCCGUGGUUUUCCGCCUCUGCUGCCAAGGAGUGAAGCUGGAGCUGGGAGUCAGCUGCAAACUGCUGCAUUUUGACAAGCUGCUUCUACACAGGAAGGACAGCAAGACACUGGUCCUGCAAAACAGCACCCCGCUGCCUGCGGUCUGGAAGCUCAGCGGGGUGGAGAGCCUCGGCGAGGAUUUCUCCGUGUCCCAAGAGCACGGCAUCAUUGGCCCCUAUACGAAGUUUAGGCUGCAGAUACGUUUCAAGGCCUCGAAGGCUGUCAGUGUGAAGAAGACCAUCCGAUUGGAGGUUUCAGAUACAGAAAACAUCCUGGGGAUUGUUCAGGUAGAAAACAUCCAAAUCGUGGCGGAGGCCUACGACGUUGCUCUGAACAUCACCUUUCCCAAAGUUGUAGAUAGUAACCUGGAUUUUGGGAUCAUUAAAGUUAUGGAUGAAGCAAAGACAACGCUGAAUCUAAAAAACAAGGGGAAGUAUGAGAUUGCAUACAACUUCAUACUGGAUGCUGUGGGCACCAACAUCCCCGACUUGGCCUCACACUUCACGCUGCAGCCGCAGAAGGGUGUGCUGGCCGCCUCCGAGCGCCCUGUGCAGGUCCAGAUGCUCUUCCACCCCAAGAGGGAGAUGAAAAUUGAGGACAAGCCCAUCCUGAAAUGCCAGGUGAUUGAGCCCAGCCUCAGCGAGGGAGAGAUCAUUGCCAUCAUCCCAGUGAGGGUGUCGGCCAAGGCUCUCUACAGCAAGUACAACAUUUCCCCGGCCUCGUUCAUCAACUUUGGCCCCAUGAUGAGCGGCACCAAGAAAAGCUGCACCUUCCUGCUGGAGAACAUUGGCAACCUCGAUUUUAAGUUUCUCAUCUCCAAAACGAGCCGGGAUGUGCCUGUCUUGCCACGGAAAGGCAUAUCGGCAGUGAAGCACACCCACUCCCACGAAAGUGAAAGCUUCAACAAAAACCUCUCUGUGAGGCAAAGCAAGCAAAUCGAGGCUCUGCAGAAGGACGGGAACCCCCUUUCGCAGGCUCGCCUCUCUUCGGGCACGUUCACGGUGUACCCUGGCUUUGGGUCCAUUGCUCCUGGGGGCCAUCAGGUGAUCACGGUGGAUUGCUACACAGAUGCACUGGGGAUAUGUGAAGAGUAUCUGUCCAUCGAUAUCAGCGACAGAGAUCCCAAGGACAAUCCUGCUGGGAUCUCCUAUACCCUGAUUGCUGAAUCCUGCUUCCCAGCGUUCGUGGUUGAUGACAUAGCAUCCAUCUUUGAGGAGCAUCGUAUCUGCAGCAACACCAACCUCUGCCACAUCCUGCAGACGGUGCAAGACAAGGGUGUGUUUGUCACAGAUGAGAACACGUUCAUCUUCACCAACGUUCUGGUUGGGCACCAAGCCACAGCUCGCUUCAAGAUCUGUAACGUGGAUAAAAUCUCUUGCGAAGUGGUUCUUUCCAUCAAACCCAUCCCCAGUAAGCUUAGCACCCCGACUGGCGACGUCUUCGAGCUGGAUCCCGUUCGGAUGUGUGUGUCCAGUCGCUCCCACGCUUUUGCUACGGUGACCUUCACUCCGCAGGCGAUGCAGAACUACCAGUGCACUUUUGAGGCUUCCCUUGAUGUCCCAGCAAGCUCUGCAGUGUUUAAGCCACAAAGUCUGACGUUCACCAUCAGCGGCGAUGGGAAUCUGCCACGGGUGAACAUCCUGCGCCCAGUCCUUCACAACAAGCAGGGGAACCCUCUGCUGCUCUUUAAGAAGCUGCUGCUGGGUGAUUCGGAGAAACUCCCCCUGAUCCUCCAGAACAGUGGCAUCAUCCCCGUGCAGGUGCUGAUAGAUCUGUUGGAUGAAGAGGGCGUUUUCUCCCUGAAAGCCAGGCCCACCACGCACUGCAUCUACCAGGCUUCAGACACAAAGGACUGCAACGCAGACUCUGCUGGAGAAGGGAGGAAGCCUCACACAGCUUCCCUGCUGCUGCAUAACGAGGAGUCUGCAGAGUUUGAUGUGCUUUUCACACCCAACCUGACCCAGCGUGUGGAAGGGAGGAUCCGCCUGUCCAUAGUGGACAACCCUUAUGAGGAGACCAACAUUCAGCUGGUGGGUGAAGGCUACCAGGAUGACUUCACGCUCGAUAACAUCCAUGGGCUAGUGGCAGAUAGCAAUGAGGAGGACACAGAAAGCAAUCUGGAGGAAGACCUAAUUGAGGCUGCCAGAGCGGAUCACAUCCAGUUUGGGGGCUGUCACGUUGGGGCGCCCUACCAGGUGACCUUCACGAUCACCAACCACAGCACCGUGGAGGCGAUGCGGUUCGAGUGGCUGGCAAGCAGCCCAUUCCACUUCUCCCCUCAGGUGGGACACCUCCAUGCUGGCUGUGCCAAGGACAUCACCGUGACCUUGAAAUCAGACGUUGCAGUCACCUUCCAAAAGCUGCCUGUGAAGUGUAAGGUGGCUAGGAUCGCCUUCCAGCUGCCAGCAGAGCAGGUUCCUGACUGGGAUGACCGCCUGCACACUGUCAAGUGGGUGGAUGCCACGAGGGGCACCAUGCGGCCUGUCAAGAAGAAGGUGAUUGAGACAGACCCAGAACCAGCACAUACUGUCCAGGAAGAAAGCGGCCGCGAGGUGGAACUUCACCUCAGCGCUGUCGUGGAUUACGCCGAGUUCAAGCUGGAUACAGACACGAUUCAGUUCAAGGACACCUUGCUCUUCCAGACAAGGACAUUCACCUUCCCACUGUUGAACACAGGGAAUGUGGCCCUGGAAUACGCCUGGAUGGCAGACGUGGAGGAUAAAAGAGCAGCCAGCUCUACUGGGGAACUGUUCCUCACCAGUCCUGAAAAUUUGUGUCCCCCAGACACACCCCAGUUCUCCUUGGUGUCUGUCCUCACUUUUCCACCUAUCCCGAAGACUUUCUGGGAUUUAGAAAGCAGAGACCUCCGCUCGUCCGUGUCUGGGGUGUGUGUGAAGCUCCAGACCAGCCGUUGUUCCAGCCAGCCCAGCUGCGCUCCGCAGCGACUCUCCUCCUCUCCCUGCUCCUCCCUGAGCACCGUGGACACCAGGCCGCAGUUCGCCGUAGAGCCCUGCAGCGGCACCAUCCCUGCCGGUCAGGAGCAGCUCUUCCAGAUGAAAUUCUCUCCGGUGGACGUGGGGGAGUUUGAGAGCUGCAUGCUCUGCAGCAUUCCUAAUCUGAAGCCAAACCAGAAGGGCCCAGAAGUGGUGGUGAGGGGGAGAAGCCUGCUGCCACAUUGCCACUUCGAACUGGAAGACUCUGACUACAUCACUGCAAACAGACGCAACCCAGACUUGCGGGGACCGAAGGGGACAAUGUUAGAUCCCAAAACAAGAGUGAUUGAGUUUUCAGCAGUUGGAGUGUGUAGCAGGAACAGCAGGGCCUUCAUGCUUAUGAACCCAACCAGCUCCACAUAUUCCUUCCAGUGGACUUGCCAAGACCCUGAAGCACCAAAAGAGCAGCCAGCUUUCUCCUGCCUCACAGAGAGAGGUCAGAUCCUGCCAGAGAAGAAAGCAGAGAUCAAGUUUGAAUUCAUCCCUCAGCACCUGGGCAUCACAGAAUCAUUCUGGCUCUUUACAAUCCCCGAGCAGAGCGUUUCGAUCCCGUUCCUGCUGGUGGGCCAUGCCACUGACCCACUCGUGUCUCUGGACAGGUCCCACCUGAACUUCCACUCGCUGUUAGUCGGGCACGAGAUGUACCAGACGAUCCACAUGAUCAACAGCGAGAAGGAGGCCUUCAGCUUCGCAUUCAGAGAAAGCUCCUUCUUCCCCGAGGCCUGCAACGCCUGCUUGGCCGUGGAGCCCCGGGAAGGCUCCGUGGCAGCCCUUUCCAGGUGUCCCAUCACCAUCUCCUUCCUACCAUUCCUGGAAGGAGAGGUGGCCUUCAGCCUCAUAUGUGAUGUCAAGAGGAAGCCCCAGCCCCUCUCCUUGAACAUCAAGGCCACCGCCUAUAGCAUGAACAUGUGUGUGAGGUUUGAGGACAGAGAGGGCUGUGUCGCUGAGCUCAGUGCCCAGGAGAUCAACAUCAUUAACUUCAGGAAGGUGGAGCUCAAUGAAAACAUUCAAAACAUCUUCACCAUCAGCAAUACCGGGAAGCUGAGCUUCACCUUCUCCUGGGAAUUCUGUGGCCCCCCAGCACAGAAGCAGUUCCUAAGCAUUACCCCUCAGACGGGCACUGUGGAGGCCGAGGGGAAAGCAGAGGCUCUGCUGACGUUCCACCCGCGGAAGAUGUGCGCCGUGAAGAACGUGGCGCUGACGCUGCAGGUGAGGGACCAGCGCUUCGGACUGUGCCCUUUCCUUCCCCCUCUCCAGCUGGGCAGCAGGAGGUUGCAGAAAGACAGGAGCUGUCUCAAUUUUGGGACCUGCUUUGUCUACCAGGCCGGGAUGCCACCAGCCCAGCGGAACCUCGUCAUCACUAACAAGGCCGACACGGAUGUCAGCUUGAGCUGCCUGUUCAGCAGCACGGCGCACCUGGAGGUGGAGUGCCCAGGCUACAUGCUGGCCCCGGGAGGGACCGUGGAGGUGCCCAUCACUUUCUACCCCAGAGAGGCUGUGUCCUACCAUGAGCUUGUCCCUUUCGAAAUCAAUGGCCUUUCCCAACAGACUGUUGAAGUCCGAGGAAGGGGCACAGAAAUGAAGGUUGAUGUUGUGGAGCCACAAAGAAAGGUGGUGAAGUUGGGAGCCCUCUCCAUUGGACAGACAGUGAGGAAGGCUGUCACCAUAGCAAACAACAGUGGUGCCCCUCUCGCUUUCAAGCUCAGUUUCAUAUACACUGCGCCGGAGCUGCAGGAGCCUGGGGUUCUUUGCUUGAACCCCACCACUGAAAUAAGCCUGAAGCCCAAAGGAGAUACCUGUAAAGUGGAGGUGAUCUUCUCCCCGAAAUGCCGCGUCCUGCCGUUCAGUGAAGAGGUGGUGCUGGAGUGCUACGGCCUGGUGCGCUCCCUCUUCCUGGUGCAGGGCUCCUGCCAGGGCAUCGACGUGAACCUGGACCGCGAAUACGUCAACUUUGGAGCGGUGCUGCAGCACAGCCGCACUUGCCAGCGCAUCCUCAUGCAGAACACAGGCGACAUAGGAGUCAGGUUUAAGUGGGACACCAAGAGCUUUAAGCCGUAUUUCUCCAUCAGCCCCGCGAAGGGUUACAUCUCCCCAGGGAUGGAUAUCCCUUUCCUUGUGACCUUCCACCCCUCCAAGCCAGGCCAGGCUAUCCAGUACGAUGGGCUGAAGUGCAUGAUCCAGGGCAGUGAGCCGCUCCGGCUUACACUUUCGGGAUGCUGCGUGGAGGUCUCGGCCCCCAAAGAGACACUGAAUUUCACAUGUGACGUGCGCGAGAAGCAGAGCCAGACCAUCCUCCUGUCCAACCCGAGCAACGAGGCCUGGACCAUGCAUCCCGUCAUCGAAGGGCAACACUGGGAAGGGCCUGAGCUUUUCCAUCUAGAUGCCAGUCAACAAAACAAGCCCUACGAAAUCACUUACAAACCCCUCACCAUGACCUCCGAGAACAAGAAACAUCAGGGCUCCAUCUUCUUCCCGUUACCAGACGGGACAGGCUUGCAGUACCUCCUGCAGGGCACUGCUGAGGCACCAAAGUGUUCGGGCUCUAUUUUCCGGGAGGUACCAUGCAGGACUUCCUACACGGAGCUCAUCCCUGUCUGCAACUGGCUGAACAGACCACAAAGGUUCCUCGUGGUCGUGGACAUACUCAAGCCAGAAAAGCUGGAGAGCAGCUCUGUGCUGCAGGGGCUGGAGUACAUUGAUGUGCCUGGCUCCAGCCAGAAGGACUACAAGCUCACGUUCCUCUCGUACAAGGAAGGGCUCUUCAACACCAUGGUGACCUUCCUCAACGAGGUGACCGAGGAAUACUUGUUCUACUUGGUCACUUUCAAGGCUACGGCUUCAGGCCCCAUCAGCACUAUCGAACUGGUCGCCCCUAUUCGGGAGAGCGUGUCCUCGUCCAUCAGCGUGGGCAACCCUCUGUCCGUACCGGUGACAUUUACCAUGGAUUGCAAAGUGCCCGACAUCAGCAUGCCUGCGAAGGUCACUGUCUCUGCUUUGUCAGAGACGAGUCUUGUCUUUGAGUACCAGCCCUUGAAAGUUGGGGAGAGCACUGGGCACCUGGUGCUCCAGAGCAGCGACUUGGGCUCUUUCUACUAUGAUCUGAACCUGAAAGCCACCGCCAGCAGGCCCGAGAAGCCACUCUACUUCUGCACCGCGCUGGGCUCUAACCAGACCAUGACUGCCAAGUUCAUCAACUACAUCCGGCAGAAAACAGACUAUGUCCUUCAGAUCGACUGCGCGGAUUUCCAAGCAGAGAAGGCCCUCAGCGUGGCCCCGGCCAGCGUGGGGGGCUCGGAGGUGAGCGUGGAGGUGACCCACGAGCCGAGCCAGCUGGGCGAGACGCGGGCGAUGCUGCUGGUCUCCUCGCCGCUUGGUGGGGACUACACCGAUGAGGGCGGCGCAUAA